AAACAGCUGGCCAACUACAUCCAGAAAGCCGGCCUGGACAUCUACCUUUUGCUGAACCAUUUGAACAAGGCCUUGAAGCUCGACCCGAUCAAGCCUCUGUCCACCUACGUCGUAAUCAGUGGCAACGGAGUCAGUGGUCUUGUGAAGGACCUGAGGGCAAUCAUUCCCUACGAUAAACUCCAUGAUUUGUACAUUGAGAAGGUGGGGAAAUCCGCCGUGUUCAAGGACUUUAUCGUAGAAGUCAGUUCCCCCAAGUACCAAAAGUUGCACGAAGUCAUAGUCAACAGCCAGAACUUGAAGAGCAUUGCCCUGGAAUCGAAGAACGCUGGAGUUAACCCUGAUGACUUCCCUGAAGGAUACAGCGUGCUCUUGACUGCCCAC